UGAGGGUGGGAGAAGAGAGCUCAUUUCAUCACUUUGACUGGACGACUUGCUCAUUUCACGGCUGCAAUUGGACUGGGAUAUUAAGCUGAAUUUCAAAGAGACUGUGAUACUUGGUGUAAUUUUACAGGACAGAAGCUGAAUCCCCAGCAGGCACCUAACUGUUCAAGAUGUGGAAACAAGUCCUGCAAUUAGUUAGUUCUGAAAAAACCGGUCCCCUCGGGAUAGUCAUCGGGAUGGUCAUUGUCACUCUUUAUCUGCAGAACACGACGUGCCCUUGCACAGGACGCACGUUUGAAUGUAAUGAAAUCAUCGUCGUGCCUGUUUUUUUUAUAUUUUUCCUGGUGCUCCUGAUAGACCAGACAUUUCGGAGCACCGCGAAACAUCCAUCCACGUUUUUAUGCCUUGUAGCGAAGCGCGUUAUCAGAGCGUUUCUAAUCAGUCUGCUGUGGAUUGUAGCUGUGUUGCUUGUCACGGACUGGUAUGGUUGCUGUAACACUGAUGAAAACACGAGCAAGCUGUUCUGCAAAUCUGAGAACUUCACAACUGAACAAAAAGCUCAAAAAGAUGAAGCGGAAAUCAGGUCAAGGCUUACUGCUUACUCUCUGCUCCUGGGCAUGACUGUUGUAGCUUUCUUCAUGACUUGGAGUGGGUGGAGAAAAUGGUUUAUAAAAAAAAUUAGUUGGUGCAACAAGAAAACUUUUUACUACAAACUGAUUUUGGAAGAAGAGAAAAAAGUUCUGGAGGAGCUUUUGAGGAAAGAAGCAAAUGAGACUUUGACUAAAGAAAUUAUGAGCAACAUAAAAAGGAAAGACUGGGACGGCUGUUUUAAUGUUGCUCAACAAAUGAUCAAUAAAGCAAAACACCAAAAACCAGAAGCAACCAACCAGCAGAUCAACUGGAUCAGUGAGGGGAGCUCCAACAGAGGGGGACAGCAUCAUCAAGCAGCAGCACAUCAGCAGGCACAAAACUAUGAACUUGAUGCAGUGGCAAAAGAAAACACAGACACCAUGCCGUUAUUUAACGAAUCCGCCUGAAAGAACAUCAAGUGACACAGCUCCAGAAACAACGCAAGCGACCACAGACAAGUUAUACACCUUGUCACAGUGGUCGCUUCUUGUCAUCACAGCUGAGAGGGGAUAAAAAGUCUUAAUGUCCAGCCUAAUGUGAUUAAAAAUGAUCAGAGUGCUAAAACAGAACUUUCCCUUUUUCCCUAAAAUAUAAGUUUGAUCGACAUAAUAAUGAGAAAAGUUGUUUGAGUAGUACAAAUGACUGUUCUAAUGUCAUUGUUUCGUUGUGUGUGUGUGUGUGUGUGUGUGUGUGUGUGUGUGUGUGUGUGUGUGUGUGUGUGUUAGUGGCUAGAUCCACUGAUCUCAAUGAAUGCCUGACUUUUAAAUUGAUUUAAUAAAAAGUUGUAUGAAAUAAAUGGUGAAUAACAAACAGUUUUUGAAAGGAUGCAUUUCUCAGUAUUUGAAUUAAAUAGGGAUUAUGUUACAAUGAAUGUUCAUGUGAAAAUGUGCUAAAGACAAAUCUAACUGAAAUAGAAUUACAUAAACUGAGUGAAACAUGAAGUGAAUUAUAUCCAUAUAUGACCGAAUGUUUAAAUGUG